AUGGCGGCGGAGAGCUUCCUCUUCACCUCGGAGUCCGUGAACGAGGGGCACCCCGACAAGCUGUGCGACCAGGUGUCGGACGCCGUGCUGGACGCCUGCCUCGCGCAGGACCCCGACAGCAAGGUGGCCUGCGAGACCUGCACCAAGACCAACAUGGUGAUGGUGUUCGGCGAGAUCACCACCAAGGCCACCGUGGACUACGAGAAGAUCGUGCGCGACACCUGCCGCGCCAUCGGCUUCACCUCCGACGACGUGGGCCUCGACGCGGACCGCUGCAAGGUGCUGGUCAACAUCGAGCAGCAGUCCCCCGACAUCGCGCAGGGCGUGCAUGGGCACUUCACCAAGCGGCCCGAGGAGAUCGGCGCCGGCGACCAGGGCCACAUGUUCGGGUACGCCACCGACGAGACCCCCGAGCUGAUGCCGCUCAGCCACGUGCUGGCCACCAAGCUCGGCGCGCGCCUCACCGAGGUCCGCAAGAACGGCACCUGCGCCUGGCUCAGGCCCGACGGCAAGACCCAGGUCACGGUGGAGUACAUCAACGAGGGCGGCGCCAUGGUCCCCGUCCGCGUGCACACCGUGCUCAUCUCCACCCAGCACGACGAGACCGUCACCAACGACGAGAUUGCCGCCGACCUCAAGGAGCACGUCAUCAAGCCCGUCAUCCCGGAGAAGUACCUGGACGAGAAGACCAUCUUCCACCUCAACCCGUCCGGGCGCUUCGUCAUCGGUGGGCCCCACGGCGACGCCGGCCUCACGGGCCGCAAGAUCAUCAUCGACACCUACGGCGGCUGGGGAGCCCACGGCGGUGGCGCCUUCUCCGGCAAGGACCCCACCAAGGUGGACCGCAGCGGCGCCUACAUCGUCAGGCAGGCCGCCAAGAGCAUCGUGGCCAGCGGCCUCGCCCGCCGCUGCCUCGUGCAGGUGUCGUACGCCAUCGGCGUGCCGGAGCCCCUGUCCGUGUUCGUCGACUCGUACGGCACCGGGACCAUCCCCGACAAGGAGAUCCUCAAGAUCGUCAAGGAGAACUUCGACUUCAGGCCCGGCAUGAUCACCAUCAACCUCGACCUCAAGAAGGGCGGCAACAGGUUCAUCAAGACCGCGGCCUACGGCCACUUUGGCCGUGACGACGCCGACUUCACCUGGGAGGUGGUGAAGCCCCUCAAGUUCGACAAGGCCUCUGCUUAA